GGUAAACAAAGAUGUGUAAAGAUAGAUAGGAUUAUAUACACACAUUUUAGCAUACAAAAAGCACACUACAUGACUACCGACAGGGCGAAAAGGCACAACUUCAGAAAGAGAUCCUGCUGGCAACAGUGUUUUAGCACCAGGCCCAGCCAAGUUUCCUGAAGGUGAGAUACAUCAACAUUGUAAUAGCAGAACCCUGCAGUUUUGUUUUUGCAUAUUUCUCAAUGACCAUUCUUUGUGAGCCCCUGCUCUCCGCAGGUGGUUUUCUUUGUGCAUGCCUGGCUGUGGUGACAAGCUACCAAGGAGAGUGUUUGGGGGUGGGAUGGUGGGUGAUAAGCUGCAUGUGUUCACCCAACUGGUUGCUCCAACUUAAGACCUCGUUAUGCCUUUGCUACAUGGACACCCACUUGCUUUGAUGUGCACAAAGCUUGCAAUGCGCUUCCAAUGGUUGCAUUGGUGCUGGUGACGCCCCUGUGAGUUUUUCUUUGCACCAGGUCAACCACAGCAGUAUUUCAAGCAAUAUGAUAGACUGGAUACACGAAAUCCACCAUGCACCUGGGAUUCACAACAACCACAGAGUAGAAAAUAGGUGGACCAUUUGUGUGACGUGUACUUCUUAGAGUGGCGUAACGGGUCAAUGCACCAUAAAAAGUGUUAUCAAUUUAUUUAAAAGCUUCUUCUAGAAAAUAGUUGAAGCAUAUCAAAAAACUGACUAGAUUAUUGUGCGUUUGGUCUUUAAUGGACACACCAGUGUUGACGAUGAAUAAAUAAAAGCACUCACUUGUGUCAAGACCAACAACAGCAAUAAUGUAAAGGGAUUAAACAUUAAACCAAGGACUCCUGCUACCCAAAUAUGUGGACCCACCACCAUAGCUUCACCAAUAUACCGCAUUAAACAGCGUGUAUAGGCUCACCAGUGGCUGGCAGUGCCAUAUAUUUUGCAAUUCCAGCCAUUUUGUACAACAGCUAAUUCAAAAAGGGUCCCCUAAGUCAGGUCAAGGUAACAUGUUACUGGUAAUGCUAUGCUAGUGCUAAAGAAGUGGUAAAAUACAACCUUCUCAGUCCCAUUUGUUCUUAACUGAUGUUUAAUUACUGAUUUGUGUGUCGAAGUAAUAGAUUGAAGGGAUUGAAUGUAUCCAUUUGAGAAAAGUUCUGGCAAUAAGUGAUCUCAUGAUGUGAACUGACCUUGCAAGUGACGGGGAUAGAACUAGUUAACCAGAUUUUUAUUUUUUUUGAUUUUUUUUUUUACCAAUGUGGCUUUUCUACCGGUUACGUAGGAGAGACAUGUUGCAGUUAGGCAGCACACUAGCGAAAAGUUACUCACAAUUACAAGACAAAUAUUUGUGAAAAUUUCACUUGAUUGGCCCUACCUAGAAUAGAUACUCAACAUGAAAGAUGAGGCGCGCACUUGUACGUGCAGCAACACGGCAAAUGCGCAAGAGGUGUGGCGCAAAUGGAACGGGAAUACGAAUAGACUGCGUCACCAGUGAACUUUACGUGUUGCCUUGAAGCUAAUUCAACCAUGCACUCCCAAAUUAAACAAAAACAAUAAUGAAUAACUACUACUCACUGACCAAAACCACGGUCGCCGACAGGUUUUUACCUCAUAUUCAAUCUGCAUGCAACACCAUCAGCUUCCUUUCGGUUGCCUUUCAACAUUCUUUAGUCACAACCAGCAGGCAUUACCAAAUUGAAAAACACACACGAAUCUAGCAUACCUGGACGUUCAACAGCAGUGCAAUGAUAUAUUAACACCCUAUUGCAUUUAAUUUCAGUAUGCUACAUGAAUGCAGAACGCACAGAAAAGCAUUAACCACUCAAAUGUUUGCACAACUCUUGUUCCUCUAGGGUCGGCCAUGGCAAGGGAAGGUUCACGUAGCAACAACGUGAUUUUGUUCAGAUUGAACUAAAUUAAUAUCGACUUCAAGUGAAAGGCAUUAACUAGCAUGGAUAUCAAAACCACAAAACAGCAGCAGCGUGGUUUGUGGGCGAACAAAGCCACGUCCCUGGAGCUAACUUUGUGUUAGCAUUCCAAGUGCUAUGUUCAUAUUACUCGGCGUUAGCAGAAGGCCUUGCCAUCCCUGCAGUUAAAAUGCUUCUCACCACGUGACUAACAAGUACAUUUAAACGGCAACGCUGGAUUUAAGUUUCCGUUUAAGUUCGCAUUCAAUGUUGUGAAAUAUUUAGACUAAAAAAAUAUGAUGCAUUCGGGUUCAUAGCAAUGCAAUGUUAGCGGUUAGAAUGUUAUCCGAAUGUUGGCCGACACUGUAUCGUUUACCCAGUUGGCACGACUAACCUUCCGAUAUAAUUUAAUGCAUGUUUUUGCAAUCAUAGUAGGCUGAGCAGAAACAAGGCCAGUCGAAGUGCACCUACUUACUUUCAUCAAAUAUGGGACACGAUUAAACAAUUUCUAGUAUUUCUUCUGCAAUACUUCACUUCCAGGCAUCCCAAACACAAGGGGUACGCCAUCAACACUCCUGCAUUGAUUCUUCAAAAUGACCGCUUCUGUCAUGCCAACCACUGCCAGCGAGGAAGGUGAUCAUAUUGGCCAAAGGACACAAUACAUGACUGACCGUCACCGUCGCAGUUUCAACAUAGAGGAUUUCCCGCUCACCGUAGUGCCCACGAGCGCACGUGUCAGCUCACCGCUGGUCCUCAGGCUUCACCCACCCGUUGCCAAACCGUCUCACCUGAACGCCAACCUGCCGCUACGCUUCGGACGCAGCAGUGAAACAACAGAAUCGGAGCAAAUCAAGGAACAACACCAAACGUCGUCCAAAUCGUCCUUUCUCAACCUGCCCCAGCGCUUCGGUCGACAACAGGAGGACUGCAGCAGGUGCGCGAGGUCUGGCGCGCCACCCUCUGCCACGUUGCCUCAAAGAUUCGGAAGACGGCAUGCGCUUAACUUCCUGGCCUUCCUACCGUUUCGUAAAACGGCGUCCAUCCUCGUCCCUGCAUCCAAGUCAUCCGAGGUCGAAUUAGAACUAAGGAGAACCUUUGACGAUAACAGUUCUGACUGGACGGAAGACACGAUUGCAGGGGACAGCCUAUGGACUUUUAAUUUAACCUAAUUGAAUAUCCCAGGGUCUGGCACCUGUUGACACAGGAUGUCUUGGAGACUUGUUUCCUGAUAUACUUGCCAUUUAGCUGAGUUUGUGUUGUACUUUCUAUCUAGGCUAUGUAAAAUAAAUGUAGGCUAAAUGUAAAAUAAAAGACUUGGAUGGA